AUGAAUGAAGCAAAUGAAAAGACUACCGAUAGAAAGAGAAAGAAGGCGAGUAACACAGAUGAAGCUAAUGAAACGAGCAAGUUGAAAAAGAAAAUAGAAUUUGAAAAUGACGAUGAGUUUGAAAAGUAUCUGUUAAAUCAUUUUAAAAAGGAUAAUAAAGAAAAUGAAAACGAGUACGUGUUUUCCGAAUUGGUAAAAAGCUUUUAUAAUGAAAUUAAGAAAUAUAAAACAGUAGAUGAUAUGGCAAAUGAAAUUAAAAAAUUGGCUAUUCAAAAUAUAUCCAAAAAUUUAGAAAUCAUAUGUAACAAUGAAUGUACAAGUUCUUUUUUUAUUGAGAAAUUUCGCGUAAAAUAUAUAAAUGAACAAAUUGCACUUAACAUAAAAUCUGCUCAAAAUUAUUUUAAAGAAUUUAUGAUAUUAUAUAAUAACAACAACUUUGAUAAGUUCAGCUUAGAAAUUAAUACAAAUGUAGAGGGAACAAAUGAACAAGUUAAUGAAGAGCAGGAGCAAGGAGAGGAAGUGGAAGAGGAAGAAGUGAAUAACCAAAAUAAGCAAAACAGCCAAAAUGAGCGAAAUAGUCUAGAUAAGCAAAACAGUCAGAAUAAUAAAGUGGGUGAGAGUUAUCAAAAUGAAAAAGCAGGCACAAAGAAUGCCUUAACAAAAGAAGAUUUAUACAAAACCAACACAUGGAAGGAAAAGAUAAAAUGUAAGAUUGACGAUAUAAAUGAAAAUAAUAAUAUUUUAAUAAAAGUUGUAAAUUAUUUGUCAAGCAUAGCUUUACAUGUUGACAAUAUACCAAUUAAGAUAACAAAAUUUGAUAUCAUAAAAAAAUUUAAUGAACUAAAUUUCGAUAUACUGAAUAUAAAUAUUUGGGAUGCCUAUAAUUCUAAAGACAUUAGACCCUUUUCUUCAUUCCCUUCUCCAUCUUUUUAUAGAAAAGCAAAUUUAUAUUUUAAAAAACAAACUAAUACUAAUGAAGUCCUAAACAUGUUAAGAGAAAAGCCUUAUUCUAUUUGUAUUAAUGGUUGGAAUUUGAAUAAUGUUAAAAGGAAUAAUUAUAAUUAUUUGGAUUUAAGAAUAUGCCCACCUAUAUGUUCCCAUAUAGAAAGGAUAAAAAUUGAUUAUGAAAAUGCAAAAAAUAUUGUUCGAAAAUUAGACAAGUCGUGUCACAUCAAUUUGGACCUAUUAGAGGAUUUAAAGGAGGAAACUUAUUUCGAGGAUAGGCUGAAAAAGAGGAGGUUUAAUGAAGAGAGUAAGGUUAACGAUCGUAUUGAUGAUAACAGUAACAAUGACAAAGCUGAUAGUGGAAAGAAGAAGGUAGAGAUAAAUAAUAAUCAGCGGGAAAUCUCAAACAGUAAGCAAUAUGAAGAAGAGAGUCCAAUAAUACAAACCAUUGAAGAGAACAAAGACAUAAAUAUAACGAGCAGAUUAGACAUUUUAAUUUUAUAUUUAAGACUUGUUCAUAAUUUUUGCUAUUAUUCAGCUAGAAAAUAUAACACAUACGAUGAAAUGAUUAGAGAAUGUGGUUACUUUUAUUUAAGGGUUAAUUUAGAUAAUAAGUUCUACAGUAACUUAACUCCAAUAUUUUACGAAGAUUAUAAUGUAAGUAAAUUGGAUUAUUAUGUAAGUGAAAAUUUUGUGAAAGGCUUUUCAAGUAUAGUUAAUAAUAUGGAGGGGGACGAUACAAAUAAUAGCAUUAGCAGAAGUAGUAAUAAUAAUACAAAUAACAAUAGUAAUAACAGUAUUAAUAAUGAUCUCAAUGGCAAUAUCAGUGGUAACCUUAACCAUUCUUAUAAUGAAAAUAAUAAUAAUAAUAAUUUAGAUUAUUUUAAAUUACUUAAAGUAAAAGAAAAACUUUUUAAUAAUUCCGAUGUUGUGUCUGAUUAUCAGCUAAAAUGGCUGCUUAAUUUUGAUGAAGAAAUCAAGGAUGCUUUAAAGGCAAAUUAUAAUGAAAAUAUUGAUAUUGAAAAAACAGAGGAAUUCUUCGAAAUUCUUAAAAAGAACUACAUAUUAAAAAGGACUGAUAGGAAUAGUAACAAUAAUAAGAACGAUAGCACUAAUAAUAAUAAUAGCAAUAUUAUUAAUAAUAAUAAUAGUAGUAGUGGUAAUAAUAAAAGCGAAAUAAGGUGCGCUAAAUGUAAAAAGCUUUUUAACAACAUUAAGGAUGUGCCAAAUCAUAUAUUUAUUAAACACAGCCAAAUUAAAAUGAAAUUAAUUACAGAAACUGAAGUACAAAUUAUGCAGAGGAAUUUUUAUGAAGCCCCUCAUAGUUUUCAUUUUCUUUUUAUGAUGGAAAAAAAAUAUAAUUCCAACUACACCAAAAAUUAUCUAAAUAAAAAUUUUAUUAAAAAAUCGAAAACUUAUAAAAAUCAGAAUUUUCAUUUAUUACCAAACAAUGCUAAAAGUGACUACAAAGAUUUUGAUGAUCCCAGUGUAAAUGUCUUUGAAAAUGUAAAACAAAACGUAAAAACGAAUAACGAUUUUUAUGACGAUACGUAG